AUGCAUAUUGCUGAGAAGUUCAACUGGGCUGAGGCCAGGCGGCAGCCAGGUCCUGUCUGCCUAACAAUCUUCCUCCUCCAGUGUGCAAAAGUGGUCACAGAUGCCCCCACGGCCUCAGGGCCGUGGCUGUGCCAGCCUGCCCCCAGGUGUGGGGGCCAGAUCUACAACCCCGUGGAGCAGUGCUGUGAUGACGACACCAUCCUGCCUCUGAAUCGGACUCGCCUUUGCGGCCCCAACUGCACCUUCUGGCCCUGCUUUGAACUCUGCUGUCCUGAGUCCUUUGGCCCCCAGAAGUUUGUCGUGAAAUUGAAGGUCCUGGGUGUCAAGUCCCGGUGCUUCUCAUCCCCUACCUCCAGAAACUGCCCCAGGAAGAGACGGACUUGACCUUGCAUGAUCUUGAACUCGAAGGAGGAUACCAUUCACAGGGGGAAGGAAGCGGCUUUCCUCAUCCCUCCAAGCAACAGCUCCCUCAGGGAGAAGCCACCACUCUUGGAAUUCCAAACUUGCCGGUGGUUUGGCCACAGCUUGUUUGUCUGGAAUUGCAGUUCUCCUGUGUUCCUCCAA